AUGAAACAUGUCGAGUGUCGGUUGGAUGGCCUCCAGCUUCUCCCAGUUGAUUUGGAAUGUCUUGUCGGUGGACUCCUCAAGGAAGGUGAUGACGGCAUCCUUGUGGUCGAGGAAAUGCUGGAGGAGGCGAUACCUGGAGUCCCAGCGCGUCUCAACGUCCUCGGGCGGGAUCGAUCCAACGUAGUGUGUCCACAGAUUGGUUGUGCUGCCGCUUGCCAUGUUGUAGCACGCCUUCUUGCCUGUGCAACGUUUGCACCAGGCAAGGUCAACCUUGUAUCCACCACUCUCUUCGUCUGGUCUGGCACUCUUCCUGAUCUUGCUCUGGGGGCCAAAGCUCUCAAUCUGCGCCUUGGUGUAGUAGGUGAUCUCCCGCUCGAAGAAUUCCCAGACCUCAGAGUGGUUGGAGCGCCUGGAUGCGACGAGGGUUGA